GCCCGGAUGACCCGGCGGCGCGUCCCGGGUCCGGCCCGCCCGAGUUGCAGAAGUUGACGGAUAGACAGUGUUUGAAUAUAUUGCAGUCUAUGGGACAGUCGGUGCAUAUUCUUGACCUUACUGACCGCAUCAUUUACUGGACUUCUUUUUCUACGCUAGUCGAUAACUUUGAGUUGAUUGCUAUUGGGCGAAUCGAAGUGUUGUGUUGUGGUGCAUAAGAAUGAAGAUAUUGAUGGAGACGUGACCCAUAAGUUACACUCAAGGUGGCUUAAAUGGAAGGGAGGGAAUAGCUAUGAGAUUUUGUGCGACCGUAAUGUAAUUCUAUGGUCAAAAUGAAAAUUUUUAUGGGACAACUAUUACACCUAGGUUAUUGUUAUUAUAUAAGUCUGUGUGUGAGCUUUUAUGAAGGAUCAUAUAAGGGAGAUGGGGUUGCAGAGGUGCACAUGCUGAGAUACAAAUAGGAACAUGCACCCAAGUGCAUGUAGAGGAUGGUGCACCCUCACCUAAACGACGUAGUUUUAACAUUUUAAGAGUGCAUGAUUUUGAGAAAAUUAAAAUGUUGUUAUUUAUUUCCUUAAAUCUUGCUACUUGUUACACCUUUUCAAAAUGUGAUUGUUAGCGAGAUUCUUUGUUUUUUAAAUUUGAAUUUUAAAAGGUAUGUUCUUGUAGUUUAAACUAGAUGUUCAUUUACUUUAUGUUCUUUUCAAUAUGACCUAUCUUCUUUUGUAAUUGGAAAUUUACAUGUUCUUUAAUUUUAAAUUAUGUGUUAUUUUACAAGAAUGAUAUGUUCUUUAGGGUGAACAAUGAGCAUUAUGCACCCUAGUGCAUAAUCCAUACUUUGCAUGUUGAGAUGGAUGUGUCGGAACAUAUGUAGAGAUAGAAUCUGGAACAAAGAUACCCAAAAGAGGGGUUGAAGUUGUUGAGGAUAAUGAAUCGCUCUGCUGAAAACCUUUAUGGUUAUUCUCCAGAAGAAGCUAUUGGCAAGGGUAUAUGUGAGCUGAUAGUUGAUGAUCGGGAUUACGCUGUUGCUAGUAAUAUUUUGAAUCGUGUAAAAUUGGGAGAGAGUUGGACAGGACAGUUCCCUGUCACAGAUAAGAAGGGACAAAGGCUUGUAAUUAUUGCAACCAACACUCCGUUUUACGAUGAUGAUGGUACUCUCAUUGGGGUUAUCUGUGUAUCCAGUGAUUCAAAACCUUUUCACGAAGUGAAAGUUUCAGUUUCAGAAGCGAAGGAGCAGGAGGUUAGUCAGAGUUCUAGCAAGCCCAAAAGCAGUGUUAAGACCAAGCUUGGACUUGAUACUGAACAGCCUUUGCAAACAGCCAUUGCUUCAAAGAUAUCGAAUUUGGCUUCAAAGGUCAGUGACAAAGUUCGAUCUAAAAUGGCUGGAGAGAAUAAUGUACUCCGAGAAGGUGGAAGUGGGGAUAGUCAACUCUCUGAUCAUGGUUUUUCUGAUGCUACAUUCUCAGAUCAUAAAGAGGAUCCAAAUUCCAGUGGAGCUAGUACACCUAGAGGAGAUCCCGUUGUUUUUCCUAUUGGUGUCUUCUCUCAGUUCACUGCUGGAAAGUCCCCUGCUAAAACGCCGAAAGAUUCUACUGAUGAAAGUGAGGGCAAAAAUGCAAUUAAUAAAAUCACUUCCAAAGCCGAGGCUUGGAUUGGCAAGAAAGCAAUGCAAUGGUCUCGGAAAGGAAAUGAUCAGGAAACACCAGAAGCCAAGAGUGGUCAGUUUGUUUGGCCAUGGGCUCACGGUGAACAGGAUUCUGAUCGUCCUGCUAUAAAAUCAGAAAGCCAGACUGGUGACUGUAAUCGGGUCAAUGAUGCCACUGGGUCCUGGUCAUCAUUUAAUGUCAACAGCACAAGCAGUGCAAGUAGCUGCGGAAGUGGAAGCAGCAGUGUUGUUAAUAAAUUGGAUGUUGAUAGUGAUUGCUUAGAUUAUGAAAUCAUGUGGGAGGACUUAACCAUUGGAGAGCAGAUAGGACAAGGUUCCUGUGGAACUGUGUACCAUGGUCUCUGGUAUGGAUCGGAUGUUGCUAUUAAAGUUUUCUCCAAGCAAGAGUAUUCUGAAGAUGUCAUACUUUCAUUCAGACAAGAGGUUUCCUUGAUGAAGCGACUUCGUCACCCUAACAUUUUAUUAUUUAUGGGUGCGGUAACAUCACCUCAGCGUCUCUGCAUAGUUACAGAGUUUCUUCCACGAGGAAGCUUGUUCCGUCUACUACAAAGGAGUACAGCCAAACUAGAUUGGAGACGGCGGAUUCACAUGGCUUUAGACAUAGCACGAGGAAUGAACUAUCUUCAUAACUGCAGCCCACCUAUUGUCCAUCGUGAUUUGAAGACUUCCAAUCUCUUGGUUGAUAAGAACUGGAUGGUGAAGGUUGCUGAUUUUGGCCUUUCUCGUGUCAAACAUGAGACUUACCUGACUACAAGAACCGGGAAAGGAACUCCUCAAUGGAUGGCACCGGAGGUCCUCCGCAAUGAGAGAUCAGAUGAGAAGUCUGAUAUAUAUAGCUUUGGUGUUAUACUAUGGGAGCUUGCCACUCAAAAGAUUCCUUGGGAACAUCUCAAUGCAAUGCAGGUGAUUGGAGCGGUUGGGUUCAUGAAUCAAAGGUUAGAUAUACCGGAGGAUGUAGAUUCGAGGUGGACUUCCAUAAUUGAAAGCUGCUGGGACAGUGAUCCUCAAAAACGACCGUCAUUCCAAGAAUUACUAGAGAAGUUGAAGGAUAUGCAGAGACAAUAUGCAAUCCAGUUCCAGGCUGCCAAAGCUACCUCUACCGAUCUUAUCUCAAAAGAACUAUGACGCCCAAGUCUUGGCUAGCUUUGCUAUAUGUUGAUGAUUCUCAACUGAACAAAUUUUGGUAAUUCAAUAGUUUCUGGGGCCCCAAGCAAGGAUGGAUUCAGUUGUCAUAUGAAUGCACUACGUAAUAGACACUUUGAAGAUGCAUAUCGAAUGAUCAUGGAUUGUAUGAAAAAGCAGAAAGAAAUCUUGAUUGAGACGGCUACAGGAUGGUUCUCUAAUUGAUUUGCAAACAUCACCUUUUAUUAUGGUGAAUUGAUAUUAUUCAAGUUUUGCCAGUGGACAAGUGGAAAUGUUCAAGCGUUUGGAUGCAUAGAAUUGUACAAAAAUGUUUCCAUUGUGAUGUAAAUAUGUGUACUACACACAAUUACUUGUGCCAUUGGUGUAGAUCAUGUGAUUCUUUACCCUAGAAAUUCUUUUGUGAUGUACUUGUUUUCGGUUCGCCAUGCAAACAAGUACCAACCUUCAAUAGCCUAUACCCAUUAAGCAAAGAAGAUAUAUAGUUAAGUUACAUACAGAUUUAUGGUCAUGAAAGACUGAAAUUACUAGUCAGAGAUUCAAGUUCUUUGUUAAUUCACAUGAAUUUGUAUCAAUUGGCAUAAACAUCAUCGAAAGUUUCUUA